CUGCGGCCGGUGCCGCGCCACCUCCGCUUACCCCCUCCCCACCCCUUUCCCCUCUUCUCCCCGCCCUCCCACCAUGGAGUAAAGCUUCCCCCGCCGGCCGGACGCGGGGCCCCGCCGCGCCUCGAUGGCUCUGGUCACGGUGCAGCGCUCGCCUACCCCCAGCGCCACCUCCAGCCCUUGCGCCUCGGAGGCAGACAGUGGGGAAGAAGAAUGCCGGUCCCAGCCCAGAAGCAUCAGCGAAAGCUUCCUCACUGUGAAAGGUGCAGCUCUCUUCCUACCACGAGGAAAUGGGUCGUCUACUCCCAGGAUCAGUCACAGGCGCAACAAGCAUGCAGGGGAUCUCCAGCAACACCUGCAGGCCAUGUUCAUACUGCUCCGCCCAGAAGACAACAUCAGACUGGCCGUAAGACUGGAAAGCACCUACCAGAACCGCACUAGAUACAUGGUGGUCGUGUCCACCAACGGCAGACAAGACACCGAAGAGAGCAUUGUCCUAGGAAUGGAUUUCUCUUCCAAUGACAGUAGCACUUGUACAAUGGGCUUGGUGCUGCCGCUGUGGAGUGACACCUUGAUCCACCUGGAUGGGGAUGGAGGGUUCAGCGUAUCAACAGAUAACAGGGUUCACAUAUUCAAGCCGGUGUCUGUGCAGGCAAUGUGGUCUGCCCUUCAGAGUUUACAUAAAGCUUGCGAGGUGGCACGGAGCAACAAUUACUACCCAGGGAGCCUCUUCCUCACGUGGGUCAGUUACUAUGAGAGCCAUAUCAACUCCGACCAGUCGUCAGUCAAUGAGUGGAAUGCCAUGCAAGAUGUCCAGUCCCACCGGCCUGACUCACCCGCCCUCUUCACAGAUGUUCCAACUGAGCGGGAACGCACAGAACGGCUGAUUAAGACCAAGUUAAGGGAGAUCAUGAUGCAGAAAGAUUUGGAGAACAUCACCUCAAAAGAGAUACGCACCGAGCUGGAGAUGCAGAUGGUGUGUAACCUGCGGGAGUUCAAAGAGUUCAUUGACAAUGAAAUGAUAGUGAUCCUUGGGCAGAUGGACAGCCCCACACAGAUAUUUGAUCAUGUCUUCCUGGGCUCGGAAUGGAACGCCUCCAAUUUGGAAGACUUGCAGAACAGAGGGGUGAGGUAUAUCUUGAAUGUGACUCGUGAAAUAGAUAACUUCUUCCCUGGGCUCUUUGAAUACCAUAAUAUUCGGGUGUAUGAUGAAGAAGCAACAGACCUUCUGGCUUACUGGAAUGACACCUACAAAUUCAUCUCCAAGGCAAAGAAAAAUGGUUCCAAGUGCCUGGUGCACUGCAAGAUGGGAGUGAGCCGCUCGGCAUCCACGGUGAUCGCCUAUGCCAUGAAGGAAUACGGCUGGAACCUGGACAGGGCGUACGAUUACGUGAAGGAGCGGCGCACAGUCACCAAGCCCAACCCCAGCUUUAUGCGGCAGCUGGAGGAAUACCAAGGGAUCCUGCUGGCCAGCAAACAGCGGCACAAUAAACUGUGGCGCUCGCACUCGGACAGUGACCUCUCGGACCAUCACGAGCCCAUCUGCAAGUCCGGGCUGGAGCUGAACAAAAAGGAGAUCACCACCUCAGCCGACCAGAUCUCAGAGGCAAAGACCAACGACAACCAGCAGCCGAUGUCUCCCAUCUACUCAGCUGAGCUAGACAGGGAGCAGCAGCUCCCAGAGGAUGCCAACAUGAUCGAGGAGGUGUGUGUGAAGGAGAGAAGGAUCCACCUGGAGUUUACGUGUCGAGACUUCCACGCUGAGCAGAUGGAGGACAAGCUGAACCUGAACAGUAUCAAUGGCUGUACGGCAGGGUGUUGUGUAGACUCUGUUCCCCCUGAUAACUGCCGUGCUUCUGAGGCCUUAAUGCAACUCCAGCACCCUUUGGAAAUAACAGAGUUCCCUGAUUUGACAGUGGACGAUCUGGAAAAAGAUGCCCUUAAGCCUGAUAUGAAUGUGCACUUGGUUCCCAUGGAAGAAUUCACUUCGUGCUUAAAAGACUUUCCCCAAUCCCCAAAUCAGAAUUCCCCAAGUCUCCAACAGAAUCCCCAGCCCGCGGUGACAGAGCUAAGUACAGACAGGAUUGAUUUCUUCAGUGCUUUGGAGAAAUUUGUGGAGCUUUCCCAGGAGAGUCGGUCACGCACUUGCUCCCAUUCCAGGAUGGAGGAGCAAGGGAGUGGAAGGAACGGAGUCUCCAGGGUGCCUGUGCUGGAAGUGCCGCCUGCUGUGGAUGGGGGUGCAGAUACUCGAAGGAGCAGCUCUGGAAACUCUCCUCAGGCAUCAGAUGACUCUUCCACAGAUGAAGAACAGCAAAAGGAGGUGCCCGAGCUGCCCAGCACAGGCCAUCUCACCAGAUCCCACUCGGAAAAUGCCAUUUCUGUGAAGGAGAUCAUCACAGAGAUCGAGUCAAUCAACCAGGGAGCAGGACCUGCCCAGCAGAAAGAAGGUUCAGCCAACCUCAGCCAGACACCAAAGAGGAACACAGUGCAUGACCUGCCAGUGGAGGCGAUUUGGGCAUCAGAAAGGGUGGAACAGAGUGAAGGAACCUGUUCUGGACACCAGGAAAAGGAGAAGGACCCUGUGCAAGCUGAGCAAGAAGCUGCCCCCUCCCUGCAGCCAUCUUCUGGUAAACUAGACCUGGAGGAAAGCAGCUCUGGAGGGGAGCAGCAGGAGCCUCGCAGCUCCAUGAACCCUGAGCCCAAGUGGUGCCCUGGCUCUGUCCGACGAGCCACCCUGGAGUUUGAGGAGCGCUUGAGGCAGGAGCAGGAGCACCAGCACACAUCCCCAGUCUGCAUCUUACCCACCCGCAAGAACUCCAGGAACGACUCUCCUGCUGCUGAGCUCCUGCUGCGGGGAAAGAGCGAGGAGCCACCCCUGGAGCUGGCUCCGGAGGGUGACAAAGGACGGGCUCCAGGCAAUGAGGAGCUGCCUCUGCCUCCUGGAGCAGAGCUGCCUGUGGGCAGGCACCUGCCUGCACAGGAAUCUCUGCCUGCAGAGCCCAGCCCGGGGCAGGAGGGAAUGGCGCAGCAGCGCAGGACAGUGGUCUCAUUCGAUGGGAUGGAGGAGCCAGCCCUGCCCUCCCUCCUCCCAAAGAGAAUUGAAAUCAUCGAAUACACUCCCGUGGUCAAGUCUGCAGAGCGCCCCAAUGCAAGCUGUGAGCAGGGCGGGCUGGUCACAGCCAUCCCCUCUUUAGAUGAAAACUUGAACCCUUCCUUGUGCUCAACCUGUCCCCGAGCUCCGACGCUGGUAAACCUCUCACUGGAGCACGCGGUACACAAGCAGGUCACCUGCACUGUGGGCAGCCCCAGUGAGGAUGGUGGUGGGUUAUCUGCUCACCUCGGUGCUGCUUCUCCCUCUGCCCAGGUGACCUCUACACCUUCAGCCAGCCCAGAUCACUCUUCUCACCCCUGUGUAAUUCACCUGGAAGGUGUCACUGAGCAGAGCACGGGUACUGAUGACGAGCCGGUCACGCCGUGUGGCACGGAGGGAGAUGCAGCUCUCCCAUUCAGGGACAGACCUCGGUGUAGGGGGGGUGCCAGCACCUCGAGGCAGCUGAGCGGUGAGGACUUCACCAGCCAACGUGAUGAAAACAUGGACCUUCUGGACAUCUCCUUCCUGUGUUACGGCCUCUCGCACAGCUCCAGCAGCCGCAGCGUGGAGGAGCGCAGCAACAGCCCUGGGCUGGUCAAGCAGCGAGCGAAGGAGAUAGAGGCUCGGAUCCGGCACGCGGGGCUCACCACGCCAUCCCACAUGAAACGCUCGGCGUCCUUGGCCAAACUGGACUGCCUGGACCUCUCCAAGGAUGACUUGUCCGAGAGGGAGUCAGCCUCUUCCGAUGCCAACCCGGUGCUUCUCACCUGCGUUGCCCUGGGUCGAGGCUUUCGCGGGGGGAGGUUGGAGAGGGAUUCAUGUGGAAAGCAUCGCCUUUCCUCCCCGGAGCCCGCUAAGCAUUUUGUGGAACAGCUCAGAACAACCGAGUGCAUUGCCCAGAGCAAGCCUGUGGAGAGGCCGCUAGCUCAGUACGCCAAAGAGUGCGGCUCCAGCCAGCAGGGCUUGUUUUCCAGCACGGAUCCAACGUGGACUAGCUCCGAGGAGGGUCCUCCGCUGCUCCAGGCGCACGUCCUGGACUCCUUGUCCCCAGCUCGAGGCCUGGCUGUCGCGCCACGGCAGCAGCACGGGAGAACUCACCCUCUGAGGAGGCUCAAAAAGACCAAUGAUAAAAAGCGGACAACCAAUCCCCUCUACAACACAAUGUGAUCCGGAGCCCUCGGCUGGGAUUCCUCCACACAACCUGUGGCGUUGCGUUCACCCAAGGGGCAGGUGUAAUAUAAGGAACAUGCACUUUAUUGGUUAAUUUUAUAUAUAUAUAUUGUCAUUUUACUGUUCCUGGCGCAUGUAGGUGUGGGUUGGUUCUUCUGUGUGUGACUCUGACUGCAGGACUGUUUGGGUUUUUUAAGUUGUUUUUUUUUUUUAACUCAGAUAACCUCAAAUGUUCUUUUUGUUUGUGCUUUGUUUUAAAAGAACACUUCUGUCACGUGAAGGUGCAUGUUGGCUUGCUUCAGCAAGGUGGGGUUGUGCUUAGAACCACAUCCGAACUCCUCACUUGAAUUUUCCCCGUGCUUUGAAAUGGUGCUGGGCAGUUGUUGGGGUCACAGCCCCCAUAAAUGUGAAGGCUUGUGCCAAGGUCCCUUUGUUUGGCCUUUCUUUUACUUCUGCAAACUGGAACUCCACGAUGCUGGCAGAUCACUCACAAAGCUGCUACAGGACAACCCCCCUGGGCUCGGUUCAGCUGCUGCAUCCUCAAAGGAGCAUGUGGGUAAAUCCUGACGGAUGGGCUCCAGAAACCCCAGAGAUCAGAUCAGUGCUCACCUCCUGGUGCAGGUCAUGCAGAGCUCCUCCAUGACCUCCAAGCUCUCAACUGCCCCAAACCAUUGUGUGAGAGGAGGAGACCCCCCCAAAGCCAGAGUGUUCUUUUAAAACAAACACCUCGUUAGGGUUUAAACCCUCCCAUUACUUGAAUACUGCUGUGGGCCUUCCAAGUUCAUGGCCAUAUCAUCUGUCCUCUGCUCUCCUGCUGCCUCCCCUCUGCCUCAUUCUUGUCUCCUCAUGCUGCCUGAGUUUUUCUCUCCCUUCUGCUCACGGGCACUUCUGGGCACUCCCAAACCUAUUGUUACAUGAUGCGUUGCUCCUACUGAAUGCAAAGCUUUGUCCUCUCUGCUGUCACUCCCAACACUUGGAGGGAUGAGCUUUUCUGGAUUCUUUUUCCUUUUUUUUUUUUUUUUUUUGCCUAAAUUGUAUAUAUGGUAUUUAUAGAGAUUUUUUUUUUGGUCAUUUCCAUGUGGUUUUCUGUUUUUUAAAAAGGGCAAGACUGCAUUCUGUAAACUGGAAAUCAAACCCAUCUUACUCAAACUCAGUGCUGUUCAUUGUAAUCUGCCCAGAAACGGGAGUGGGUUU